GUACGGUAUACCAUAUCGACCGUAAUUGUUUCCGUUGUAAACAUUAUAGAAUGUAAUAACAAUGCAGUUUCUGUUUUAUCUGAGAUGGAGUUUCGUAUUAUAUACAAUUUUAUGUACCACACUUCAGUAUGAAAAUUCUACAGCAAGCAUUCUACCAUGUGAAGACCUUUUGAUGGGUCAGUACUUCUGUAAAGACCCAGACAUAGACACCGAAACGCAGGCUGAAGUGAACUGUAACCCAAAGAGUAAGACCACAUUGACAGAGUGCAUUAUUGCUGAAGGCAUAGAAUGCAUUCCAGAAAAUUCAGACGUGCCUCACACUCACAAUGGAACAGAAGUUGGUUUCCACAUGGCAGUACCCUGCAGGUGGACCAAUGGAUACAAGUUUGAGACUGCAUUACUUCUAUCGGUUUUUCUUGGUAUGUUUGGGGUGGAUAGAUUUUAUCUGGGCUACCCGGCAAUUGGACUUCUGAAAUUUUCUACCAUGGGUUUCUUCUUCCUUGGACAGUUAAUCGAUAUAUUGCUAAUAGCUCUGCAAGUGGUGAAACCAUCAGAUGGAUCGGAAUACAUCAUGAACUAUUUCGGUGUUGGACUGAGUCAUGUUCAGGCAGAUAAUGACACUUAUAUUAAGCCAGAUGAAUCAUGGAACUUAUCUUGACCAAAGGAAAAAACAUUCUAUAAUAUAUGUGUUUAAUGUUUUGCACAAUAGUGGAUAGUGGAUUUAAGUUCAGGAGGUUUCUUCCAAGAUUUUUAGCUGUUUCAUGUUUGCUACAAAUAUGAAUAAUUUUGAAACUUUACUGUACUUGCAAGUAUUGUAUUAAGUACAUGUAUGUAUAUGGAAUUUUAAAGAAAUAGUUGAUCCUAAAUUUUGAUUUAAAAAAAAAUGAAAAUAUCACAUUUGAAAUAAUAGACAGUGCAAAUUUUAUGUAUGUUCAACAAACUGAGAAAAGUUUAUUUAAAAUCUUAUUGUCAAAUAUAUUACAGUCUGUGACAUAUAUGUUCAACAGAAAAAAGAUAACUAGGAUGUAAAAUAUCUAAAACCCUACAUGUGUUACCCAGUGCAAACUUCAUCUUGUUAUACAGAGGUACAUGCACUUUGAAAAAAAAAAUACUGAAGUGUCUUUAAAAAUAAAUAUUUACAAUUUCCUGUA